UGAGAACGAGGCUAAUUCUAAAAAUCUGGAAUUUACAGUACCUUUAUGAAAACAAAAUAGUAAUACUAUCUGGAAUCUUGCCUCGCCAGUCACAGAAGCUUCACUGUAGUGUGUCAACAUUUAUAUCUCUGUCUGAUCCUGUUCAGCUGUUAUCGCUUUCCUGACCGCGUAGUCAAACUUUACAGGCCGCCGAAAUGAGCGAGAGGGAUGUUGUUGCAACUUGGGACAUAGCUCUGUCCGACGGGAAGCAUAGAAUUCAGUUUGAACAUGGCACUACUACCGGUAAGCGAGUGAUUUUGGUCGACAAUGUGGAAGUUAUACGGAAUAAUUGGAUGUUUAGACUUGUGGGCAAAGAGAGUUUCUAUGUCGGAGGAAAAAGAGCAACUAUCCAUAUAGAGGCAGUGAGUGGCUUUCAAUACGAAUACACUCUUGAAAUUGACGGCAAACCACUUAAGAAGUUCGUGGAAAAUCGCAAGAAAACUGCGAAAGUCUGGACAUUUCUUCUCGACGGCGUGGAAACACGAAUGGUGCUGGGUAAGGAUAAGUUUAAAUCAGCCAGGGGCGGCGGUAUAAUUGUUAUUACAGCUUCUGUCGACUGUAAUUUCCAUCGCUGCCAAUCGUGUUUGUAUUUCAGUCAGUAAUAUGGGAAGGGUGAUGGUGACAUGACUGACAACACUGUCUACCACUCCAUGCAUUUCUCUCAAUAAAUUUUAAGCAGAGAAUAAAAAAAAUAAUUUCAAAGCUGAUAUCAUUUGUGUGUGAACAGAAUCAAUAGAUUGAAUACGAAGUUUCCAUGGGUUUGAGAUUUAUCACGAUCAAGUGUAACUGACAGCCUGCGCAUUCAGAUUUCCAUAAGCUCGUUCUUAUUUCGGGGCAGGUGUUUCUAUCAAAGGAAUCAGUUGUCUGAUUUUUUUUCGACGAAGGACAACAACUUUGAAACGGUUUGCAGUGCAGUUGAUACAACAGGUUACCUUGGUGUAAAUUACCAACAACUACAAUUAAUUACAAAAUGUCCACAAGUCUAAAUACAUAAAUAAGUGAUCACAUAUGCACAAAUAUAGAUAUAUACACCUUAGUGAGCUUCAUUUUCGUUUAAUACCCCAGCCCCUCUCUUUCUUUAUGCAUCAUACAUUGAAACAGAGUCAGUGGAAUUCAAUUCAAAGAGCUUUGUCAAGCUUUUUGUUUCAUAUGCCAAGGUCUGUAAAAUAUCAAAACAAGAAGAAAGUAUCACUUUAAACAAUGUGUCCUAACUGUAAUAUUUUGGUUAGUUUUUAAACAAAUGUGGAUUUAAUUCUACUUACUUUUUCAGAGAAAGAUACCAUGGAAGUGUGGGUGAAUGGAGUGGUGGUGGAGACAGCUGUGAGUAAAAUUAUAAUAAUCCAUGUUCAUUUGACUGAUGAUGUGCUUGUAUCCAGUUGAUUUACUUCCAGCCUUUGCCAUGCAUUACUGCUUUCAUUGUUCAGAUGAAUGAAAGUUUUCUUUUGUUUCUUGUUCUGUAACAGAUCUCAAAAUUUGCCACUUGUUAAUUCAUUCACUUACAAUUUUCAGGGUGAAUUUGUUGAUGAUGGAACAGAAACUCAUUUUACCUGGGCCAAUCACACAUGUUAUAUCAAAGCCAUUAGCUCUGGAAAGAAAAAAGAUGGAAUUAUUCACUCCCUGAUAAUAGAUAGUAAUGAAAUACCGGAGACAAUGGAUGAAUGACAUCACUGCUCAUAAGCAAAUGUAACUGCAAUGACAGCCACAUUCCUCUGCACAUUUCACAUCUAAACAUUUGCUCAAGUUAAUUUUAAUAAUAUAACCCUGUCUUCAUGGUAGUGUUGCUGAACACCUCUUUGAAGGGUACACUGUUUGAAACAAUACUGUUACCGAAAAUAAAUUUUAUAGCAAUUGUGAUUAUUUGUUAGUAAUGCAGUAAACUGAAUCCUUCACUAAACUAUAAUUCUAUGAAGCUGAUACCCAAGUAGGUGUUUGUAUGUUGGAAAUAAUGAGGGUAAAAGGGCAUGUCAAAUCACAGCUGUGAGUCCUAUGGGUCUGUAACAGGGACCCUUUGAUUAUUGUUUGUUCCUUUCUCAGAAUUGUUUUAACAACCUUUUGCCCUCAUGUUGGCCAACUUAUGCUUUGAUUAUUUUGCUUGGCUUCUCAUUUCCUGAUGAUUGGUAGAAUAGAGGGAAGAUUCCCUUCUACAUACUUUGUAGUCUGUGGUUUACCAUAACAUACUAAAAUUUCCUGAGGAGAUCAAAUUAUCAGUCAUGCCAAUUAUGCUUACAGUGUACAUGUGUAUUGAACACUAAACUUUGUGAAUGAAAUAAAUUGGUGCUUCUGUUCAUGUGAUGUUUUUGUGCAAUGAUAUUACUUCUUGCUGCAAAUGGAAUGGAAGUGGUGCAACAAAAAAAAAAUCAGGGGCUGCUUGAUUUCCUUCAUGUUCUCAAAUAGUGACUUAUCCAUAAUCCAAAUAUGGAAGCCACUUUCAUAGACACUGAUAGGUGCAAAGAAAUUUCUUAAUAUUGUUCCUGUAGAUGUCAGCAGGUUUGGGGUAUUGAACUGAUUGGAGUAUGGUCACCCAUUAAAGUAUUACACAGUGAAAAUGAGAUAAUUGCUGAUACCAGUAUAGUUCUGGCUAAAGAUUUUGUUGAACUGACAAAUCUGGAACUGUAUGCAGUACUCAUGGGUAGGUGGCUUUGUGGUUCUCUGGCAUUUCCUACUCCCAAACAUGCUUGGUUUAUAACACAACUAACAUUAAAGAUAUAGUUCAGUUUUUCCUUGUUUACAUUGAGUUAUUUCAUUUCUGAUAGCUGUCACAAUCAUGUGUUUACCAAGUGUCUCUGUAUUUCAUUUAAAGUGUGUUCUGAUUCAAUUUCUUUACAGGAAGGCACCUUUAAAUUGGUACACAUUAGCUGUACAUAUUGAACUAUAAUUGAAAAUAAAAAUG